AUGGAUGGCAAAAAGAACAUCACCAAACUGAAACGCCAAUUCAAGCGUUUGAUGAAGAAUCCAUUUCAUCGACGUCGACGACGUAAAGGCAAAGAACCAGCAGUAGAAAAAGCGUCAUCGUCAUCAUCGUCAUCAACGUCGUCCUAUUCGAAUCAACAACAACAGCAAUCGACAUCAUCACGUCCUCGUCGAAUUGCUACCCGGAUUCUCGGAUUACACAAUAAACUUUGGCGUCGUCAACAAACCGUGGCAGAUGGUGCUAUUGAAGCAUCAUCAUCACCAUCAUCAUCACCAUCAUCAUCAACAGCAGCACAAAUGCCAGCAAGUGACAAGGACGACUUGAACAAUCAACAACGGCACCACUAG